ACGGAGACGCCGGGAACGCGCAUCGGUCCGCAGCUGCCAGCCACGCUCAAAACGGGAAUGGAAGCGAGAGAGAAAAGGGAGGCUCGCUCGUUUCGUUAUUGUUAUCAAAUAUAAGCGUUCGACACGGGUGGAGAAAACCCAGUUCAGUCGUAAGAGCACCCGGGAUCCGGCUUCUGGAUUUGUGCAACACGUCGGCGGUUUUCACCCAUUGUUACCGUUUCCUUUGGAAAAGGCACGAGCCGCAGGAGCGUCGGCUCGGUUUGCGACAGUUGAUUGAGGAGCCUUUCCAUUGAGGAAUCAGCUUGGCACUGCCACAGAACCAAAGAUGGAGCAGUUUUCAGAUGAUGAACUGGAUCACGCUGCAGAGGAGGACAGCGAUAAAGAGGACCAGGACCUGGAUAAAAUGUUCGGAGCAUGGCUUGGAGAGCUAGACAAACUAACAAAGAGUCUGGAUGACGGGAGACCAGAGAAGAUGCAGAAGGCCCCCCUCAGACAAGAGUCAAACAUGGCCAACAUGGCUUACCGCUUCUCAGUUUAUAACAUCAACGAGGCUCUGAACCAGGGUGACUCUGUCGAUCUGGACGCUCUGAUGGCAGACCUCUGCUCCAUCGAGCAGGAGCUCAGCACCAUCGGUAAACCCAGCGGCUCCUCCCGCCACGGCAUGGCCGGGGACACCAAAAUCCGUCAGAAACCUCCGGCCGGCCGCAGUCACAGCACCAAGCACACGGGCGGCGGCAGUAGCGGAGGGGCGAGCAGCAGCGGAGGGGCGAGCAGCAGCGGAGGCAGCACCAGCAGCAGCACCCGUGCAUCGCCCGCAUCCACGGUCAGAGUGGGCACCCCCAGCAGCAGACCCCCGCUGGCAUCCAACUUCUCUCUAGAUGACAUCACGGCCCAGCUGGAGAAAGCGUCUCAGAGCAUGGACGAAGCAGCCAGACAGAGCACCACGUCUUUAAGCUCUACGGCCUCCGCUCCGUACUCUACCUCCACCAUGAAGCGACCGGCCUCCCACCAUCAUCGCAGGACGGGGUCCGUGGGUACGGUCACCGAGCAUGAUGUACGGUCCUUUGUCCAUUCUUCUCGCUCUAGCAUUAACUCCGCAUCUGCGUCCAGCAUGGACUCGCUGGACAUCGACAAACCCAAGUCUGAUCAGGACGGGGUACGAGACGGCCAGGAACAGCCGAGUUCAGAGCACUCGUAUCUGGACAGGGAGACCUCUCUCAUUCUGAAAAGCAUUGCAGGAAAGCCCUCUCACUUGCUGACCAAGGAGGAGCAAGCUGCCAAACUAAAAGCUGAGAACAUCCGAGUGGCUUUGGAGAAGAUAAAAGAAGCGCAGGUUAAAAAGUUGGUGAUCCGAGUGCACCUAUCAGAUGAAAGCUCGAAGACUAUGAUGGUGGACGAGAGACAGACGGUGCGUCAAGUUUUGGACAGUCUGCUGGAUAAAUCCCACUGUGGUUAUAGCCUGGACUGGUCUCUGGUUGAAAUCAUCUCUGAACUUCAGAUUGAGAGAAUCUUCGAGGAUCAUGAGAACCUGGUGGAGAACCUGCUGAACUGGACCAGGGACAGCACCAACAGAUUGAUGUUCAUUGAACGCAUUGAGAAAUAUGCGCUUUUCAAGAACCCUCAGAACUAUUUGUUGGGGCGUAAGGAGACGUGUGAGAUGGCGGACAGGAAUAAAGAGGCUCUGCUUGAGGAGUGUUUUUGUGGAAGCUCUGUCAGCGUGCCUGAGAUGGAAGGCGUGCUCUGGCUCAAAGAUGACGGCAAGAAAUCCUGGAAGAAGCGCUACUUCCUGUUACGGGCUUCUGGGAUUUAUUACGUGCCAAAGGGUAAAGCCAAGGCCUCCAGAGACCUGGUGUGUUUCCUGCAGCUGGAACAUGUUAACGUGUACUUGGGUCAGGACUACCGCAGCAAAUACAAAGCUCCAACUGACUACUGUAUGGUGCUGAAGCACCCUCAGAUUCAGAAGAAAUCACAGUACAUCAAGUACCUCUGCUGUGAAGAUGUCAGAACACUACAUCAGUGGAUCAACGGGAUACGCAUCGCUAAAUAUGGAAAGCAGCUGUAUGUGAACUAUCAGGAGGCUAUGAGACGCACAGAGGCUGCUCAUGACUGGUCUUCCCUUUCCAGCUCCAGUAUGAAGUCUGGUUCCAGUUCCUCCAGUCUACCAGAAUCUCAAUCUAACCACUCCAGCCAAUCAGACAGCGGCGUGUCAGAGACCUUGUCUUCUGCUCAUAUCCGCUCUCAGAGUGUAGUCAGCUCCAUCUUUUCUGAGGCCUGGAAGAGAGGCAAUCAGACAGAAGAUCCCAAGAUGAGAAUGGAGUCCACCCCAGAAACACAGCCUGCUAGAGCAUCGUACCCUCUCCAGCUUCCCCAACCGCCCCAGAUGCCGCAGUCCACGUCUCGUAGCAGCUACACUGGUGUAUCCCCAGUGUCCUCUCCCUCACCUCCAUCUCCUCCACCGCCUCCUCCACCACCUCCCCCGCUCCCCAACCCCACCCACCACUCGACUCCGGUUGUGUUCACUAAAUAUAGUACCAUCGCUAGGCUUCAAAACAUUUCCCAGGCUCCAAAUCACUAUAAACAGACCCCUUUAUUGGCCGCACAGCAGCUUCAACAGUCCCAGCCCCCUACACCACCCCCACAGUGUCUCAAGCCAAUUAACAUUGGAGAAGCUGGCAGUGCUCCGCCGCCACCACCACCACCCCCUCCUCCAGAGAUGCCAGUGCCAGGGUCAGCAAUGGCAGUGUUAAAGCAUGGCCCAGUAAGCCCCCAUUAUGUUCCUCUUCCACCAUCAGAAGAGGACCAGCUGCCACCCCCAUCUCAUCUACACAGUAAUGGCUUCCUGCCUCCACCACCACCCCCGGAACAGUUAAAAUACCCUCCUCCCCUCAGCACCAAUGGGCUCCAACAGUUCUUGGCUCAGAAGUUCCCGAAUAUGACCUAUGACUUUUCAGCUGAUCAGCAAGAUGAAGAGCAUCCUCCGCCGCCACCACCUCCUCCACUCCCCGCACAGCCCCCGGUGUGUUUUCUUCCUCAGACAUCAGCAGGUCCUCCACCUGCGCCUCCCAAAACAUUUUCUGUUGUGUUUCCACCGCAAACCGCUCCGAAACCUGGACAUGGCCUUUCUCCUGUAUCUCCCGUUCCACCGCCUCUUUCUCCGACCCCCUCAGCGACCAUAAAGAAACAGCAGAGCCUCUCCAGUGGCCACAGUCCCAAUCAACCUCCACCUACCCUUCCCAAACAAUACAGCCUUUCUUCAAAAACUCCACCUGUAUCUGCCCCCAUCUCUCCAACCCAGUCAAUUGUAAAGCAGAUUGUAAACCAGUUUCCCGACACCCUUGAUGGAUCCAAAGGUCCUUCUCUUCCCGUGGUAAAAGGCAAACCCAAAUGGCAGCCAGGUGGGCAGGCUCAAGCCCAGUCACCGGAAUUCCCACCACCUCCACCAGAGAGCAGCCUUGAUUUUCCUCCACCGCCUCCUCCCAGCCCACCUCCAGCUCCACCAGCUUCCGGCAAGAUGGGGUCACCAAUCAAGAAAUCCCCAUCGACGUCAUCAAAUUCCUCUACCGGUUCAGGAUGCAAGAAGCCCCCUCCAACCCCACAGCGUAACUCCAGCGUGAAGGGCCAAGAGUGCCAGGAGUCCAAGAAAGUGGAAGAUCUGGUGAGCAUGUUCGCCCAAACCAGUCAAGCCCCAUCCAACUCUUUCUCAACUCCAUCCUCUACAACAGGAUCACCUUCCAAGGACUUGGCAGUUCUGCGGGCACCACCAAAACCUGGCAAGAUCAACCUGGCUAAUCUGCCUUUGGCUCUUCAGGGGAAACCAAGUCAGUAUCGCCAGUCCGGCUUAGACUUUCCCUCUCCUCCACCGGAGUGUGAAUUCCCCCCUCCUCCUCCAGACUCGGAGCUCCUGCCUCCUCCACCGCUCCCGUCAGAACUGCACGCCGGGGCUCCCAAAGUGGCAGUGGUCAAUCCCCAACCUCAACUGUCCUCUAGUACAUCCUCAUGGAAACAGAGCUCGUUGAAGAAGACGCUGCCUCCGACUAUGCAUCGCCGCAGCAGCGGCCCGCCCGAGCCGCUCACCCUUUCUCCACCUCCACAACAGAUGCCCGUGUCCUCUUUUAAUUCGCAGAUCCCACCAACAUCCCCCAAGGCCAACCUGUCUGUUCAACCCAACUUCCUGGAAGAUCUCAACAGAACUCUGAAGAGGAAGUCCAUGACUCGACAUGGCUCCCUGACCUCCUCCCGAAUUUCGGCCAAGUUCGAGCCAGUAGCAACUAUGGACGAUAUGGCCCUCCCGCCCCCUCCUCCAGAGCUGCUGCUGGGCCAGCAGAAAAAAGGUGGCUAUGCGGCCGCCAACAUCUCAGGCUAUGCAACGUUACGGCGGGGUCCUCCACCAGCUCCACCCAAACGGGACCAAAACACUAAACUGACGAGCGACUGGUAGUUGGGACACUUGCCGGGAUAUGCGACUCUCCUUUUUAUCUGUUUAUCUUCAGUGGCCGAAUUGUGUCUGCAUUCAAAUAAUACUCAUUUUAACCCCAGAUUAUAACCACGAUAUAAAAAAGCCAAACCAUCUAUAACAUAAGCUUCUCUGCGUAUUUGUGCCGCUUUGCUAUUAAGUGUAAGCAGAUAUACAAACCUACGGAAAAAAGUGACUGACGUCCUUGUUCUAGGUACUGCAUGGACACUGCUGUGAGGAACGGGGAUGACGUCAUAUGUAUAUUAAAAUAUAUAUGUGGAACUCUGGGGCGGGAAGGACCUUGUACCUUUUUUAUAUGAAAUUAUUUAAUACCUGAAAUAUAUUCUUAUUUUAAAGUUUAGUUUUGAAACCCUUGACUGUAAGCGUUUAACGUGAAUAGAAAAUCAGGGUUGUUGAAUCGAUGCUCGUGUGCGUGCACGAGUUUUGCCCGAGCGACCUGGUUGAUCCACCCUCGGAGGAAAGCUUGUUGCACGCUAGCAUACGUUCUAAAUGAAGUAUUCUACCAAAUUUUCCACAUUUAAUUUAAACGGUUUAGAACCUUCCACUAAUGUGUCAAGAAAGGAAAAAAACAAGUACCAUUGUUAUUGAUGAAUCUGUUAUGUUGUGUUGCUGUGGACCCUUAUUUUUCAUGAAGAUGUCCAAAUGUUAGAUGAAAUGAGCCCAUCACCAGUUGAGUGCAUCUCUGUGUGUAGCUGGGAAGACUCUGGGAUGGGAUGUGCUCUGUCUGUUUAUGUUGGUUACAUUGCUAUCUAUCUGUACAUACAGCUGCAGUUCCUGACUUUAUCGAUGUGCGUUAGCUCUGCAUGGGUGAAACUCAAAUUAGAAAGCGAAUAUUUCCAUAUUUUGACACGACUCUUGAUAUGCUCCAAUGACCUCUGUACGCUGAGUGCUGUAUCGAAGCGCGUCAUAUCCGGACCAUCUAUUCCUCAAGUCAGGGCAAUGCCAAAAAUGUACGUUAUUCUUGCAUGCAUGCUUUCAUAAUACGGUUGCCUAAGGUUCCGCACAUUUUAGGGUUCCAGGAUCGUAGCCACACAACAAAAGGUGUCAUGUCAAGUUACUUGACUUACAAUGCAAAAAAUUCACUGUGUGCCUACUGUCAUUGUUGUCCGUGUAUCGAAAAUGAAUGCGUAGUUUGAUUAAACAUUUGCCUGUUGGUUUUGCAUCUCUAAAAAUCCUUUCGUUUUGAAGGACCGAGCGAAGGGCAGACAGAACCGUGUUAAAGGCCGGAGAACAGAGCUAAUGCUGCUGCUUAAAGUCAGGAACCUUUUAGUUAAUUAAAUGGCAAAGUAAAUAUCUGUUACAUUUAAACUGAACAAUAUAAAUGUAUAAAUCAC